UUCAAUGUUGUAAUUCUUCUCAUUCAAGAUUACAUUUUAUAUCAUAUCAAUCCAUAAAAAUCAGGCUCAUGGUGCCCUAGCUUUUUGUUUUUCCGAACCCUGAAAGUGAGAUUUUUCCUCCUUUUUAAGGAAAUUGUUGGACUUUUACACCGCAAUUAUGUGGGAAAAUUAGGGUUCCAAAAUUAGGGUUUCGGUUAAAUGGAUGAAGUGGCAGGUGACAUGGUAACCUGUAUAUUAGGAAACGACUUUGCACCGAAUUCUGUCUGAGCUGGUGCUUUUCUGCUUGUUUUUCUGUGAAAAUUUAGGGUUUUUUCGCGUGUUGAUUAAGGAACCAGGGGCUGGAAUGAUGGCUUAGUAAGUUGAGAGCUUAGAUCGUUGUUUCAGUUAUUUUUGCCACAAAUUUUGUUGGGUUUUGUUGUAAAUCGCUGUGAAAUUAGGGUUCCGGUUAAAUUAGGGUUUCUAUGAAAUGGUGGAGAAAGGAGAGAUCGAAGAAGCGAGCAGAUUACUGAAUGCUGCUGGUUCUUCUUCGCUUCCUCCUCGAAAGAGGUUGCUUGCUGGUCUGAAACAAAAUGGAUGGGUUGAUUUGGACCAUUUGGUUGAGGAGUCUCGUUCUUCCACAUCCUCUGCGAAAUCAAUGGAAAUUGGAAACCCUAAUGCUAGCAAGGAGCUUCCCAGGAUUUCUGAGUGCCAUUCCUGCAGUUAUUUGGUUAGCGGAAAGGGAAAAGACAAGCUUCAUACUCUGGCCAGUGAGUGGAGAGUGGUUUUGCUCUGCAAAAAUUGCCUAAAUGCGGUGAAUUCGGGUACAAACUGUUCCUACUGUUUUAGUGCUUUGGAGAAUUCUGGUUGCGUGUUAAACUGUAGAAAAUGCGAUCAUAGGGUUCAUCAGGGAUGUGCCUCUAAGCACAGGGGCUCUCUGUUACAGUGCAGUAGUGGUUCAUUUUUAUGUGUCGAUUGUUGGGUUCCUAAAUCUCGACUGAAUUUUGGUUGUGGCAGUAAUAAGUCUGAUAGUUUUGGUACUCAAGAUUCUAAGAGUUUGUUGCGUUUUGGGGAAACGAAGGUUUUUGGGGAUUGUGAUUCGAAAGCUGAGAAGUCUGUUUCUUCAGCUUCAUUUCCAGAAACUAAUUCGGGUUCAGUUGAUAAAACCAUGGUUUCAGUAGCUAUUAAGCCAUUAGAUAAAGAAAAUCCAUGUAUUGAUGGGGAGUCGGAACUGAAUAAAUACCAGGAUGCUGAGAAACAUGUUUCAGAUUCAGUUUCUGAGAAAGCUUCGAGAUUUUCUUUUAAUGGGAACUGUUGUCGAUCCCUCGAGGAGAUUGUAAAGGAGGCAAACUCUGCUGCUGCAAGGGCAAUGACAAUUGCAGCUUCAGCAAAGGAGAAUGCGUUGAGGAAAGCCAUGGUAGCUAGAAACGCUGCCUCUGCAGCUAGAAAUGCCCUUAAUUUUUUGGCAAUUCUUGAACAAGAAGAGAAUGAGGCCAAGGAAUCAUUACAGAGUAAUGCUUCCUUGAUGGGUGAUGAUGGUAACAGUAAUAUUGCUGAUAGGGCAGAGAAAAGCAAUGGGAUUCAUCUAAAAGCGGGGUCUUUACCAGAAUCCCAUGAAGUUGCUGAUGAAGAAUUAGCUCUUCGAUUGCAUCGUGCAAUGAAUAGCUCUCCAAGGAUAUCUCGAAGAAGAGGUGCUCCUAAUGGAAUACAAUUGAAAGAGUGUAAGCUCUCGAACUCUACUAAGUGUGAGUUUAAUUGUAUGGUUACUACAAAGAAACAAAAUUGUUCAAAUGGAUUUGGGAAUGAGGAGUUUAGGAGGAAUGAGAGAAGAUUUAGAAGAGAUUCAGAAGUCAUUGGACAAAGUACUUCAAUAUUGAAGACUGAAUCAGGAAGUCAGAGUGUAUGCGGAAAUCUUCAUCUUUGUACUGAGGAUAAAAUAGAUGGAACUUUAGAUCACCCUGAUGCUGAACCUUCAGUUGGUAAUGGUGCUUUGGAACUUGCCAACUCUAUAGGUAUGGCAGUUGAAGAGUUCAAGAAGAGGAGGGAUGAUGAAGCCAUUAAUGGUGUAUCAUUUCAUGAAGAUGAGGAGAAAAAGGAAGGCACAAUGCAAGGAGCUUUCCGGAGUUGCAGAGCUGAUGGGAAAGUAGACAUGAAGCAAAAUGGUGGUAUGAACAUGGAGAAUUCUUUGAAAAAUGGUCUUCUCAUAGUUGAUGGAGACAAUUCUGGAGUCAAAGAUAUGAAACCUGAAACCCCAGUUAAAGAGGAACAAGCAAGUUGUUCCAAUAAGGCUAUGAAUUCUAGUGGAGAAGACAGCAGUCUGGACACGGGUUUUGAAUCUAGUCAAAAAUGGAAGGGGGGUGAGAAUGGGGGCUCAAGUUCAAAUGUUUCAAAAGUGAAACCUUUUGGUUAUCGGGCCAAACUGUCAAAGUUUAACUGUGCACAGAGUCAGGCUCGAGAGGGGGAUCCUUUGAAACCUCAGAAGAAAAGGUCUAUUUUACCUCAUCCAGAUUCAAAGAGGCCCAUCAAAAGGCAUUCCAGCAUGAAAGUGAUCCUUGAUAGGAAAACAAAGUCUCUUGCUGAGGAUUUUCCUCUUGAAAGUAAGGCUUUGACUAAUGCACUACCACUCUUGCAGAGGAACUGUGCGAAGGCUCCAAAGAAACUUUCUGAUUCCUCUCAUGGAUCACCUUCGGUGCAAUCAUGAGCUUCUCCUACUGCAUACAGUUCAUCAAGGAGCUAUAUAUCAAGUAUGCAGUGGAGUUGAGUGCAAUUUUCACUAUCUAAUCUCGAGGACUGAUUGGAUAUUGCGAGACUGUGAGGAGGCUCUCACUUUUGAGGCAUCUUUCUUGCCAAACUAAGACUGCUGGUACAUCUGUUCUGUAUAUAUUCUUUUCUUGAGUUUUUUUUUUAGUUUUUUUUGUUUUGUAAGCCUUUGAAAUAAAUGGGCCCAGCAGAAUAUUAGAGCAGAUGAUACCUUGCAUGAUUUGAUGAUCUUUUGGAGGGAUUAUAAGAUUUUGUUUUUCCCCCCUUGAUGUGAUGUUUGGUCUUUGGGCUUUCUGUUAAAUUUCUGAUGAAGAGCCAUCCCAUGGCAUCUGAGGAUCUUAUGUUGUAUGUACAUAAUUUUCAUUUCUGUUGAAAAUCUGUGCAAUUAGGUCUUUCGAUUUUUUUUUUCUGAUGGAAAUAGUAAGAGUUUUGAACAUUCAAGUUCUUAAUGCAUUUGUUGGGAGUUUGA